CGGAGGCAGACAGGCUCUUCCUGUGUCAUGGCGUUAAAGUUUUGAUCCUGAGCACAUUGCAGAGAUCUGCUCUAGCUGGCUAGACCGUUUUACUUUAUGACUAUCAUCUUCCAGCUGCGUGGGAAGGACCCUGGAGGACCCCGAAGCCACGCAAUGGAGGCAGUGACCUUUGAAGAUGUUGCUGUGACCUUCACCAUGGAGGAGUGGGCUUUGCUGGAUUCAUCCCAAAAGAAGCUCUACAGAGAUGUGAUGUGGGAAACCUUUAGUAAUGUGUCUGCUAUAGGAAGAAAUUGGGAUGACCAACAAAUUGAAGAUGAAUGGCAACAGUGUUGGAGGAAAAAUCUAAGAUGUGAAGAGGUAGUGGAAGGCCAUCAAAAUAAAUCAUGGCAUCAACAUGAAGAAAUGCUUUUUUGGACUCCAGAUUCUGAUGUGAACAUGAAGCUACCUGUUUCAAACCCAGUUGAAAAUCUUGUUUGUAGAAAGCCCUUGAUCAGUCAUUCAUUGUUAGAUGUACCCAUCACAGCUCACACUGUACUCAAGUCAUAUGAGUGUCAAGGAUUUGAAGACAAGCUGUCUAAUUACAGUGUACAUGAUUUCCAGUUUCUUCAGAGGCAUGCCAGUAUAAACACCGGGGAGAGACCCUACGAAUAUAAGCAGUGUGGGAAAGCUUACUCUGAUUGCAAUGUAGAUACUCACACUGGAGAGAAGCCCCUUGUAUGUAAAGAGGACUCAAACACCUUUGGUUUGCCCAAUUAUGUUCAAAUCUAUGAAAGAAAUCACAGUGGAGUGCAUCCCUAUGUAUACACACAAUGUGGCAAAGCUUUUAAUUCUCAUGACUAUAUUCAAAUACAGGAAAGACCUCACAAUGGAGAAGAGCACUAUGUAUGUAAACAAUGCCAGAAAUCCUUUACUAGUAACACUUCAUUUUGUACACAUGAAAGAACUCACUCUAAGGAGAAACCCUAUGUAUGUAAGCAUUGUGGGAAAGCUUUUGGCAAACCCAGUAAUUGUCGAAUACAUGAAAAAACUCACAUUGGUGAGAAACCCUAUGUAUGCAAGCAAUGUGGGAAAGCUUUCAGUACGCAUAAGUAUUGUCAAAUACAUGAGAGAAAUCACACUGGAGAGAAACCCUAUAUAUGUAAGCACUGUGGGAAGGCUUUCAAUUUCAAGAGUAAUUGUAAAAUACAUGAAAAAAUUCACACUGGGGAGAAACCCUAUCUAUGUAAGCAGUGUGGGAAAGCUUUCACCAGACACAGUGAUUGUCAAAUCCAUGAGAAAACUCACACUGGGGAGAAACCCUUUGUGUGUAAACAGUGUGGGAAAGCAUUUAGAACAUACAAGUACUGUAAAAUACAUGAAAGAAAUCACACUGGAGAGAAACCCUACAUAUGUGAACAAUGUGGGAAAGCAUUCACUUGUAAGAGUUCAAUUUGUACACAUAAAAGAACUCACACUGGGGAGAAACCCUAUGUAUGUAAGCAAUGUGGGAAAGCAUUUAGUACACACAAGUAUUGCCAAAUACAUGAAAGAAAUCACAGUGGAGAGAAACCCUAUGUAUGUGAACAGUGUGGGAAAGCGUUCAAUUGUAAGAGUUCAUUUUGUAAGCAUAAAAGAACUCAUACUGGGGAGAAACCCUAUGUAUGUAAGCAAUGUGGGAAAGCUUUCAGGACACAAAGUGAUUGCCACAUUCAUGAAAAAAUCCACACUGGACAGAAACCUUAUUUAUGUAAGCAUUGUGGUAAAGCAUUCAGUAGACAUAGUAAUUGUCAAAUACAUGAAAGAAUUCACACUGGAGAAAAACCUUAUGUAUGUAACCAAUGUGGGAAAGCUUUCACUGAUAACAGUUCAUUUUGUAAACAUAAGAAGAUACACUGCAAUGAAACAUUAUGUAUGUGAGCCAUGUGGGAAAUCAUUCAGUGUACGCAGUUAUUGUCAAAAACAUGAAAGAAAGCAUAGUGUAGAGAGCCUGUUUAAGCAAUGUGGUUAGCACUUAGUACGUACAUGUACUGUCAACUACUGAUAUAGAUCACAUUGAUGUGAAACUAUGAAAGCAUUGUGGGAAAGCUUUCACUAUAUAUACAUAAAAAAAUUCACACUGGAGAGAAGUGGUAUACAUGCAAGCAAUGUAUUAAAGCCUUUAGGAUGCACAGUUACUGUCAAAUACAUAAAAAACUCACUUUUGAGAAACCCUAUAUAUGUGAGCAGUGUAAGAAAGCUUUCUGCACACACAGUCAUUGUGAAAUACAUGAAAGAAUUCACACUGAAUAGAAAAUCUGGAAAAGCAUUAACUACUCACAGUUAUUGUCAUUUAUGUGAAAGAACUCACACUAGUGAGAAACACUGUAAGAAAUGUAUGAAACCAUUCAGUACAAUGCAAAAGACUACUCCAGUAUUCAUCAGAGACAUUAAAAAAUAUCACAGAAGAAAUUAACCAUGAGUAUGUAAUGGUGCAAGGAUAUGAAAGGAUUCAGAGUGGAAAGAAGCCCUUUCUUUGUAAACAGUGGGAAGUUAGUACUCACAGGUAUCAAUACGUACAUAAUAGAAUUCAGAAGGAAGAAAAUCUGAACAUGUGUGAACAAUGUGGUAAAGGUUUUUAUUUUUCCAAAUGCAUGUACAUACAUCUCUCUUGGGAGAGAAGCCAUAUUUAUGUGGUAAACGUAGGAAACUCUUCACUUCAGCUUACCUUGAAACACAUGAAGAAACUAACACUGGAUAAAAGCCUUAUGUAGAUAAUGUUAGAAAGCCUUUUGUAAUUUCCAUCACUUCAGAAAACAAACACACUGAAAGGACAUAUAAAUUGUGGAAGUUCUUCACUUUUACAUGACCUUUCAUGUAAAAAGAAACAUGAACAACAGUGCAGAUAACUCCUCUAAAUGGGCACUGUAUGAGAACACCUGUAGUCAUUUAGAUUCUAUUCUCAGAAGAACAUAAUAUAGUGAGAAACUGAAUGGAAGGAAUGCACCCAAGUCAUAGCUGGCUUAUAUAUAAGAAUGUAAAUUGGAUAAAAAAAUCCCAGCAAAUGCAUAAAUAUCUCAGUUAUAACUCAUUUUCAAAAUCCUUUGAACAUUUCUCAUGUAGUGAAAACCUAAAAAGCAUAUUACACAAAAACUUGAUGUCAAUUACUUUUGUGUAGAAUGCUCCAGAAAGUACACAAAGAAGGGAUACAUCAAACACUGUAAAUAUAGUGUGUUUAUCAGUAAUUCUUAAAGUAGAUCUCUGGAUUAUGUAAGUUCACUUCUAAGAAUUAAUGUGCUGACAUAAUUCUGUUUGUAUAAGCAGUAUUGUGGGAAUUUACUGUCUUGUAAUCAAAUUAGGUGCUACAUUAUUUUGCAUCAUGUUUAGUUCACAGGUGAAUUGACAUGUAUUUUUAUAUUAAGCUUAAUAUUUAUGUAGUUUGUACUGUUUUUUUUUUUGUUUUUGGUAACAGGGAUCGAACUCAGAACCUUGCGCUUUUGAGGCAAGUGGCAGAACCACUGAGCUAAAUCCCCGGCCGUGUACUGUUUUAAUAAUUGUGAGGAGAGCCGGGAAUUUAGCUCAGUAGUUCUGCCACCUGCCUUGCAAGCGCAAGGUCCCAAGUUUGAUCCCUGGUACCAAAGAAAAAAAAAAAGAAAUUGUGAGGUAAGAGGACACUUAAAACUGAAUUUUUAUUAAUGAUUGAAAUUUUCCCACUAGAUUCUGUUUAAAUUAUUUGUGCAUAUGCUUCAGUUUUUCUUCUUUGUUAUAAGGGUUUUUAAAUGAAUGUUAUAUUUUAAAAUUAUAAUGUAUGUAUUUUAAAUAUUUUUGAACAUGUAUUUUAGACAGUUCAACUGUUUUCCAACUUAUAGAUUAGCAAGUAUUGUUUUCCAUAUUCUGAGAAGAAAUCUGCAUGUAUCCAAACGUAAUUAUAGACUAUAUGCAGUGUAUAAUUUUUCCAGUUUUUUUCUUUGAUAUCAAGAAACAUUAUCAUGUCUAUACAAUUUUAGGGUUUUUGUACAAAAUAAAUAUUUAUUUUUUAUGCUCAUA